CCUAUGUGUGUUGUACAGUGCGCGGCUCAAAUCGGCAACAACAAAACGAAAAUAGUCGGCGAAUAGGCGAGAAAAUGUGUUUAUUCUCACGCGAAUUAAAGCGCUGGUUCGAUUCCACUUAACUAUUUAGUGUUAAACCCUGCAGCAGUCGAUAAUCGGGCAUAAUUAGGCGCGUCCAAUAAACCUAAAUUCUCGCAAGCGAAAAAAGAAAGGAAAGGCGAAAAACGAGUGAGCGCCGCUUGUGUGUUUAAUUUGCUAAGUGGAUGGUGACGCUCUGCUGAGCCGCAAAGUCCAGCCAUGGAGUCGAUUGUCCUGCAUUCGGAUGUGGCUCGCUUGGUCCUGGGCUACCUAGUCAACCAGAAUCUAAAAAGAGCCGCACACACUCUGUGUCGCACAUCGCCUCACCUGCGCCACGAGUUCCUGGCCCUUAAACAGGGCCUGCAGACGCACAACUUCCUCAACGGGGGUCUGGAGGAGAUCAUCUGCGAGCAUGUGAAGAUCACAGGCUUGGUGUCCGGUGCCGUGCAGAAGCUGCCGCUGGAGACGCGUAUGCAGCUGCAGCAGCUCAAGUUGUCCGAACGGGUCAGCGAGCUGAUAGCCACCGGCGAAAAGAGUAGCUGUACCAACGAAAGCAGCACCCCAGGCGAGACCAUCAUAUCGCAGUCGCAUCGGAAGAGAAGGCGCUUACGCACCCAUUCCCCCGUGAACAGCAUUUCCUCGCCUUCGUUCAGCAAGCGACCGCGUCUGCUGCCGCCACACUUUUACUGCAGCAUCAACCGCGACAAGAUCAGGCAGAGUUUCCUAGGCAGCCAGGAUGACCGCGAGGCGGAACUGGAGGAGGAGGAUGGCGAGAGCACCACGGCCACCGAGGACUUGGAGGAGGAGGAGGACUUACCUCCGGCGAAUGGUCCUGGUCCGCGGAACAAUUCCACGCCGCGCCAAGGUCGUUCCGAGCCUAAUCCUCUCGUGCUCACGCCGCAAAGUAUGCCUGAACUGGCUAGUGCGAUAAUUAAGAAUCAGGACUUCCAGGAGACGCUGGUGAAGAAUAUUAACGUAGCGCUGCAGACGGUGACUGUUACCAAUCCGUCAGUAAGCUGUGACGCCAUGUUGGACGGCCUAGUAAAGAACAUACUGGAGGCCACCGAGAAGGAUCCCUCGUUCGACCGCAUCAUACAGGAGGUGGUAAUCGGGGAUGAUCCACCGCCAAAUGAGGAAGACCCUGUUGAUGCUGUUGCUUCCGCAGCCGCUGGAGAUGUGCUUCCGACCGAACAGUCCGUGGAUCCCGUGCCACCGCAAACACCGCUCAUCAUUCGCACCGCCGUUGCAGCCACCGCUGGAACCAAUGCGGAUCCCAACUUCUCCAUCUCCAAGCUUAUCGUACUGAACUCAAACGAGAGUGUCCAAAAAAUGGUUGCUGGUUUGGAUACGUCCAAUGUCAGCUUUACAAGCGAAGGCCUCAAUCUUAACUUUGCCGACCCAGCGUCAAUGCUCAGCGAGGUGGAGGCGACGGCUGCUGGUCAGGUGUGUGUGGACGCCACCACUGGGCAGUUGACGUUUCCCAUGUACCUCUCAAACGGUGGAUUGCUGUCGCAUCUUCCGUUCCUGGUGAACAACGAGUGGGUAGCCCAGCAACUUGGGCCGGACGCCUUUGCCAACAUUGAUGACUCGCACAUAGAGAUAUCACUACCGGAGCCGAUUACUCUGUCUGCCAAUCAGCUGCCCCCCAAUUCCAUUAUUAUCAACAGUGCCCAGAAACAACCCCCUCCCACAAGCGUUCAUCCUCCAGCCCAGUUGAUAAAAGAAGCGGCUAAAGUGGAAAACAAGGCGGCCAAGGGAACGACGCCAAAAGAGCAACCGGAAGUUCAACAGGAGGAGGAGCAACGAAAGUUUCCACCCGCAUCCCUGGAUUCUUCAAGACAAGUCAUGGAGAGAGUGACACCCUCGACUGCGGGAAUAAUCAAUGUAAAGGCUUUUCGUAGCUUAUCCACACCCCGAAAGAGAACCUCGCAUGUACGAACAUUAACUUUUUCCCCUAAGGUUCCUCCUGGUGUCGUCCUGCAUCCCAAUACGCCGCUCUCCACUAGGCGACCUGGUUUGCUGGCCAAAGCCCAAGAGAAGCCAAUUAUUAACCAUGUGGAGAUCAUCCAGGCAGCCUGCGACCUAAGCUCUAAUGAGGGUCAUGGAGGAGUGCCACCACUCUUCGCCAUGGAGGAGUGCAGCAAUCAGACGGUGAUUAGAGCCCAUCCUCCAGCUGCCGCUCCGUCAGCAGCUCCGGCUCCUCCGUUGGUGGCCACGCCCAAAAGAAAACAGAAGCGACAGGCGGCGGUCAAGGCCUGCAAGCGGAUCAUCUCCCAGGCGGAAUCGGAAUGCAAGACGGAAAAGGAUCAGCAGAAAGUUAUGCCCAAGAAUAACCCAACCUGCAGCGCAUCUUCGUCUGCUCACGAUGACAGCGCUGAGGCCAGCAAAGAGAAUCUCCAGGAGCAGCAGAAAGUAGAGAGAAAGCCAGAGAUAGGCUCCACGACUAGAGAACAAGUUGUAGAAAACGAUAUGGCCGCCUGGCAGCGCCAGUUGAAUGGCUCUAAUUCUGACCUUGAAAAUCGGCUGCGUGAGAUCAACUCCAAGCGCGAGGAGGGAAAGCCCUCUGGUCGGUCGAGGCGUCCAAAGAAGAAGGACACACCCACUUCAGCUUCGUCGAGAGCACGAAAAGCUUCAAUGGUCAAGGCGAAAGCGGAAUUUAAGAAUCCGGCGAAGAAACCGCAGCGCUGUGUUGGAGAUUCCACCGAGAAGAUCAACAUCAAGAUUAUCACUCCUCAGAAACCAAAGCUUCUGAAAAAGAAAAAGGUGUUUGCGGCAAAAGAGGAAAUCAUAGACGAAACUAUUGAUGAAACCAUAGACGAAACCCAAGUGGAGGUCGAGGAGAAGGAUCAGAAGAAGAAAAGUGAGCUGGGAGAAAAUCAUGCCAAGGAUCAGGAGCAAGUGAAGGCUCUAGCGGCAGAACUGUCGCGGCCCAACAUGGCCAUGCUCCUGGACACUCCGUUUAAAGCAUCUCCCAUUGGGGCCGGAGCAAGCGGUGCCGCAGAAGAUGACACCACAUCAAAGGAAACAGCUGGUGCUGGAGUCGCUAUCAUUCCACCCACUCCAGGCAUGGCCAUUCCACCACUGGACACGCCAUACGGCAAGUUGCCCAGUAGCAGCUUUCUCUUUGGUUCGGACACCAAAAGUAUUAUGGAUACGCCGCAGUUGAGCGCCAUCACACCCGGAUUUCGAUUGACACCUUUUGGGCAGAUGCCCGGUACUCCGAUAGGCAGCGCUGCCAAGACUGAAUACUCUUCGGGCAGUUCCUAUUAUCGUCCGGAUGAAGCGGAACACACCGAUGCAAAUGCGCAGUGCGCAAUACAACAGUGGGGUGAUCUGCAGGAGAAAAAACAACCUAAGGUUCGGACUAAGGUAAAGGAGAAAAAGGUAGCAGCAGAGGACGAACUUUCGCAACCGAAGGAUCAACAUCUGAAAGAAAUGGAACAUUCAAAGGAAAGUCCUAAUCAGCAGGACGAACAUCCCGAGGACAAUAAGGAAACACCCAAAAGACCAGAGAAGCAGAUUGAAGAACAUGUCAAGGAACCCGAAAACAAUGGUGGAAAGAAGGAAACGAUUUUGGAAAAGACACCAGAUGCUGUGAAGCAACCCGUUGUCCUGUCCUUGGAGCCCGCCGUCCUUCGACGUGUUCGAUCCUUUGGCAGCGAGGCCGUAGACAGUGCGGAAUCUGCUGCUGCUGGCUCUUUUCCCUCCGAUCAGCAGCAGCUACCGCACUAUAAACUUUUGCCUGGGCUGCCCGAGGCAAUCAUUGAAGGAUCCAGUAAUUCCAGCUCCUCGGCAACCAGUUCGUCGUCGUCUUCCAGCUCGAGCUCAAGCUCCUCCAGCAGUUCAUCAUCAAGUUCCUCAUCCUCGCUAAGUUCUCACAGCGGAAAGGCGGAAAGCAGCAAGGAAGAGGCUGACGACGAUGAUGUCGACGAAAAGUGUAGCAAGGAAAAGGAAGGGCUACUAAGCAUAGACAGCCUAUCGAAUAUCAGCAGCACGGAAGACGAAGAGUGGUUGAAAGCAGCCGGAUCUGAGGAUGCAGUUCUCCCUAUGUUGGCCAUCGACAGUCAACCAGGUCAGUUAGUUAGCCAGGAUGGGGAGGUCCGAUAUCCUAUCCGAAAUUGGCUGACACCCAGCAAGGAGCAGACGCAGGAGGCGAAUACCAGUGGAGAACAGCGAACAAAACCGGCACCUCCAAAACUGGCGGCUGCUCCUGUUCAGCCUCCGCCGCUUCCUAUAACUCCGCCAGCUGCUCCUCCGCCGCCACCGCCUGAGGCAUUAGAUCCUAUAUUUGCCGCUCCUUCAACGGCCUCUGCAAUCCGUCAGGAACACCAACGCCAGCAGCUGGACGAGAAGCGCCAACGUGUAAUGGCCAAGUUUAAGGAGCAAUCGCAACCGAUCAAAGCUCAAGGCAGAAAGACUGCCAACAAGAAGCUCACUGCAAUGCGUGAAAAUGCCAAAUUGGCCAAUCCAAGCACUCAAAAAUCUCCGAAAAAGCGGGAACACGUCGAGCCACUGAAAACAAAAGCAGCUAGAAAGCAUAUAGAACCAAAUCAGAAAGUAGAGUCCACAGAGGCUCCUGAUCCGCCAGUCGUUGCCCCCAAAGAUGCGCCAGCAAAUCCACCAGCCAGCAAACUGGAUCCCGCCCUGCUCAUGGCCCUGAAUCUUUCUGCCAAAAAACAGGAGCCAUUACCGACUGUAAUCAAACCCAAAGUAAAUCGAGCAGCGGUUGAAAUUGCGGCACAGCCUGCGCCUGGAAAACGUGGACGCCCGAAGAAGUCACAGAACGGGGAGCCGGCCAAGAUCUGUAUGCGUCGAUCGUCGCGCCUAGUCGAAAAUAAAACUCCUGCCCCGGAAGAUCUCUCCAAACCCACUGACGGAGGUACAACGAAGACCAGCACCAAGACAAAUACCAAGAAACCGGCCAAGAAACGUGUCGAGGCAAGGGUGCCCUCCACCACAACCGACGCCCCGGCACUGCCCAUGGUAGCCGAGGCGGAAUCAACGCAGAGAUCCCCCGAGCAAAAGCAGCAAAGCCAGCAACCAAUAGAAGAAACCAAACCGAAUCCACCGGCGUCUAAAUCCGAAUCGGAUCACGAUGACAGCGACUUUGAGCAGGACAUGUGCCUGAGCAGCAGCCAGGAGCGUUUUACCUUUGACUUUACAUAUGCGGACAACGGACCCAAGUCCAGCAAUCCGAUGAUACGUCAGCCAUCUAGUUAUUUCAAAAGUUAUCAGAUGCGCUUGAUGACCGAUGACGACCAGCUGCAUACACUGCGCAUAGCCAGUGCCCAGGUGCUUUAUCUGGGCCAACCUGUGGCCAGCGCCAUUCGCAAUAUACCCAAGAAGCGGAUACGCCGCCUGACCAGCAAUAGUGGAGGGACUGGAGCAACAGGGGGAAGUGCAAGUACAAGCGGUAUUGGAACGGGAACAGAAGUUGCUGCUGCUGGAGAACAGCCUUCGGCCACGUCUACGCCGCUGGUGGAGAAGCCUCCGUCCAAGAGUGAGCCGCAAGAUGAGAACGAUUUGGAGGUGGCCACCAUCAAUUCAGCUCCGAUAGCAGAGACCAGCAGCAGCGGAGUUGGAGGCGAGGAAAACUCAGAGAACACUGCGCAGCAGAAGGAGCCGCAGAGCGAGAAUCACAGCGUGGAGAUCGAGGACAUCGAGUCGAUACUCUCGCACCUCCACGGCACCUGAUUCCAGCUCCAUUGAAAUUGUUAUCAUGUACACACCUAGAACAUCGUUCGUUGGCAAUUACGGGAGUACAUCUCUCAGCUUUUUAAGCUCUCUUGUUAGGCGUAGUAAAGGAGCCGGUUUUGAAGUGAAUUUAAUUACUGUGUGCACCAAGGAUCGUUAAUAUUAAAGUAUUUAUUUUUUCGCUGUAAGCUAAGACGGAGCAGCACCACCUGCUCACACAACAUUCACAAGAGAAUCCCAGAAGAAUCACUAAUUUAUGUUUCAUUAUUCACAUUCGUACAUAUAUAGAAAUAUAUAGCGCUGUAUAUUGAUAGCCAGUUGAUUUAAUUGUUAAGAGCCGUUUUUUUUCGUAUUACUAAGGCCCUGCCCGAACAAAAUAUUAUGAUUUGAUUUUGUACUGUAUCCGAUAAAGAGAAUAUAAGGAAUUAACCAAGCCAA